AUGAACGCUCCAGCUGCAUUUGAAUCAUUCUUAAUUUUUGACGGAGAGAGGAAGAUAUCGGUUGAAAAUGACACGAAGGUUCCAAAUGCCGCUGUAUUCACCAUCAACAAGGAAGAUCACACGCUGGGAAACAUGCUUAAGCAGUAA